UCGUGGGGGACCGGGAGGCAGGGAGAGGCCGGACCGUUCAUCGUGGGGGACCGGGAGGCAGGGAGAGGCCGGACCGUUCAUCGGGGGGGACCGGGAGGCAGGGAGAGGCCGGACCGUUCAUCGGGAUUGUUGGGGAUCCUCAGCCAAUGAAGAAAUUCUGAAGUCGCCAUUGAUGUACUGUAUACACAGGAAGCACCCACAAACAGUAUAUGUGCGAGUGACCAGAUUUUUAUUAACCCAAGCGACCUGAGGAUGUGGAAUUUGCUUAGGUCUAUAUUUAUUGCCCAUUCCUAACUACUUAGAAAGCAGUUAAGAAUCAACCGCAUUGCUGUUCAUCUGGAGUCAUAUCUAGGACAGAUCAGUGUCAACCAAGACACAUGGACAGUGAAGUACAAAGAGAUGGCAGAAUUCUGGAUCUUAUUGAUGAUGCAUGGCGUGAGGACAAACUGCCAUAUGAAGAUGUGGAAAUACCACUAAGUGAACUUCCAGAACCUGAACAGGAUAAUGGAGGAACAACUGAAUCCAUUAACGAACAAGACAUGAAGUGGACUGAUUUAGCCUUGCAAAACCUGCAUGAAAAUACCCCUUCUGCAGGAAGCUAACUUUGGAAGACAUCAUUACAAACAGAGGCUUAUUUAUGUAUUGCUAUAUUCUUUCUAUGCAGAUGCAUUGCUGUCAGAGAGUUUGCUCUCAAAUGAAGAUGUACUGUAAGCCAUUGUGUCUAUAUCAUCACCAGCAUAACAUUUCAGAACUGAAACUUGAUAAACAUUCAGUUUGCCCUUGAAGUAUAUGUAUAACAACAAAAGUACAUACUUAGCUGGUGAAAUUUAGCCCUAUUUAUUUUAGCAUUCAAAUAAAUAAUUUAACCCCAAGUUUACAUGUACAUAUUAAUCAAUUAAAAUCUACGUGAUUAAAAAUUUAACAUCAUCUUUGGUUGUUUAGUACAUCUUCAUCAAUGGUGUGAACUUUUGAUCUUUUACUAAUAAAUUCUCUGUCUGAUACUGCCUGUCUCACUAACACCUGAAAGACCCAGACUCCGAAAGCUUGGGCUUUCAAAUAAACCUGUUGGACUGUAA